UAUAGUAAAUCACCGACCAUGACGCGCUGGAGCUCCUUUACGGAGGCAGGAUGUCCACAGUUUGCGAACAAUGACAACAACCAGCAUCAUUUCGGAGAGAAAAUAAUUAUGUUUUAGUGCUUCCUGUACUCACAUUUUGGAUACAAAGACAGCCCCACACAGUGGAAGUGGAUUGAAGGAACAGAAGCCACGCUCUUCAGAGAAGCACCGAUGGAGGAGCAGCGGGAUCUGAACAGCACGGAUAGCAGCGAAGGAGAGAGCGUCUCCCCGUCUCCUAGCCUGCCCUCACCGCCCAUAUUGCCUCUACAGGUCGCCCAGCAGGCCCACAGAACCACCAACUUUUUCAUCGACAACAUUUUGAGGCCGGACUUUGGCUGCAAGAAGGAGCACGGCCUGGGCCCGAGGGAGAGGGCGCAGACCUCCGGUCGAGAGCGGGUCCACCAGGUGGUCAGCAGGCCGAGCCUUCCAGGGACGCCGUGCCAAGACUCCAACUGCAGCACUGACAGUAGUUCAUCUUCCGCCUCCUCCACCGCUUCUUUGGCAAGUCCCAAAAAGAACAACAGUAGCAGUGGAGGAGCCGCAGCGGCUGCCUCCACCGGCAACAGCCAGGGCGUAAAAGCAGAGGAGAGAACUGGCAGCGCAGCCAGGGAGAACACCUCCACUUCGCUAGUGGUGCUGAACGGCACCGGGGGUCCCACACCGGAGACCCAGCCGCUGCUCUGGCCUGCCUGGGUCUACUGCACUCGGUACUCGGACAGGCCCUCAUCUGCAGGCCCAAGGACACGGAAACUGAAAAAGUCGAAAAGCGGCAAAGAGGACAAACGGCCGCGCACGGCCUUCACGGCCGAGCAGCUCCAGAGGCUGAAGACAGAGUUCCAGGUGAAUCGUUACAUCACGGAGCAGCGACGCCAGUCUUUGGCCCAGGAGCUCAACCUUAACGAGUCCCAGAUCAAAAUAUGGUUUCAGAACAAAAGGGCCAAAAUCAAAAAGGCCAGUGGCUUCAAGAACGGGCUGGCGCUGCAGCUUAUGGCGCAGGGACUGUACAACCAUUCCACCACCACCAUCCAGGAGGACAAGGAGGACAGCGACUGAUGAGCCCGCUCUCCCGCACACUCACUCCAUACACUGUAAAUAUAAAAUAUCUAAUUUAACGAGGAGGACGGGGAGCCGAACGGGUGCCAGCCGCUGCCCUCUUCAUCAUCUCCUCUUCAGAAGUGACUCUGGAGCAGAAGAUUGGAACAGACGGCGUGCACCGGGUCUGACCUGCCACCGCCAAACCAAAGAUUUUAUUGAAACACAGCGCGUGAAGAGCAGCCCACAGCUUCCUUCUGUUGGAUUCAUCCUUCCUCGCAGCCGUAAUGGGCCCACACCGGCUGAUGUCUGUGGGUGUUUUCACUUCUUUAAUUAGGUCGUAGCUGCUCUGGUUCUGACCACUGCGGCCUCCAACAGCCACACGCCACGAGGACAGCUUCACUCAAAAUGCUAUUUGUGGACCAGCAGGUUUCUAAGUUCUGUACUGCUCCUACGGUCGGCUUCACUGAGGUGCCAAAGGUGCUUCUGUGCGUGGACACUCAUUUCAAAGUCCCUUCAGGAGUGUGUUAGGAAUGAAAACAAAUGUGGGAUCCGGUUUAAUUAGGUGGGUGUGUAUUACCCCACUACGAUCUCAUACUGGACUAGUUACUGUGGAGUGUUACAGUGGAGUAAGGCAGCUUUGAGAAACCGCACACAAAACAAAAAGAAUACUAUUACAAAUAAUAAGUAAAAACUGAAAACAAUAAAUACUCAUAAUUAGUAUUUGGGGAAUAUUUUAUUGAUACUGCAGCACAUAAAAAUUAUUUGAAUAGCUGUAGCUCCGUAAAAGCCCAAACUAAAACGUUACCGUCUUCACACCAACACCACGUGUUCCUGCAGUCGCCUGUUUGUGUUGCACUUAUUUCAGCUAAUCGGAAAAGUAAUAAAAAUAAAUCCAUCAGUAAAUAAAAAAUGCGAGUCUGACCUGUAUCUUCAUGAAGUCACCGUGUGAAGCACCUUCAGCUCUUACCGGAACGGGAACAGUCCAGCCUGUUCACCGGGCUGUUUGCGCGGAACGGCUCUGAAGCGGACCGAAGGAUUACUGCAGUUCUUAUACGGACGGUGUCUAAAAGUAUACACAGAAGACUUUACUGCAGACAGCAUCAGACUGAAACACACGCUGCUGCUCCUGAACAAGUGCGGGGGGGAUAUA